UGCAGUGCACCAACCGGAAGUGUCCUUGUUGUGGCGGAAGUUGAUGCUUUCUGGAAGCCCCUGUUGUGGAGAGGUUCGAGGCCGGCAGAGAUGAUUCAGGCGAUUAUGGUUUUCAACAACCACGGGAAGCCGCGGCUGGUCCGCUUCUACCAGCGUUUCCCAGAAGAAAUUCAACAGCAGAUUGUUCGAGAGACCUUCCACCUAGUUCUCAAGAGGGAUGACAACAUCUGUAACUUCUUGGAGGGCGGAAGUUUGAUUGGUGGCUCAGACUACAAACUGAUUUAUCGUCACUAUGCUACCCUCUACUUUGUAUUUUGUGUGGAUUCAUCAGAGAGUGAACUCGGGAUCUUGGACCUCAUCCAGGUUUUUGUGGAGACCCUGGAUAAGUGUUUCGAAAAUGUUUGUGAAUUGGAUUUGAUCUUCCAUAUGGAUAAGGUGCACUACAUCCUUCAGGAGGUGGUGAUGGGGGGAAUGGUGUUGGAAACAAACAUGAAUGAAAUCGUGGCUCAGAUCGAAGCUCAGAACAGGCUGGAGAAAUCAGAGGGCGGCCUCUCAGCAGCCCCCGCCCGGGCCGUGUCCGCUGUGAAAAACAUCAACCUGCCGGAGAUUCCUCGGAACAUCAACAUCGGUGACCUCAACAUCAAAGUCCCCAACCUGUCCCAGUUUGUCUGAGGGUUGAAGACUAGGCUGAACUGGGGUCCUCGAAACAAGCAAAGCCACGUCAGUCCCACAGCAGAACCCACUCUGAGCCUUAGAAGUCAAGCCUGGGCCCUGAGCCCUGCUGUCCUGGAGUGGGGAAGGGAGUCCUAUGUCACCGCUGGCGUGUGCUCCGUUCUCACAUGUGCAGGCUUGCUGGUCUCUGACACGCGUGAUCACUGCAGAUGUGAGGGGGGCCCUGGCUUUCCAGUCGGGGGUCAGUAUAGCCAAGCCACUUGCACCCUCUACCUCCCUGGGAGCAUGCAGCCGCUCCCAGGGAUUGGGAGCUGUAUUGAGAAGCCCCCCUGCUUCCCAGAACCCUACCAGUAGGACCUUCUCGGACUAGAGUCUUCUUCCUUAGCACCAUGAGGUCUGAGGUCCUAUAGCAUUUACUUUUCUGGUGAGGGCCAUAGCUAGAAAAGGGCUGACCCAUCGUACCUGGGGAUGUGCUGAGUGGCAAAUGAGGGCAGGAUCUUAUGAGAACCAGAGUGGCCUACUGGCUCUGCUGGGUUGUCAUACCCAGAAUCCUUUCUUAUAGCCAAGAUUCUUGAUCACCUCCUCCUACAGAGUCCAUUUCCCUACUGCCAGCAUCUUGACUCUGCUCUCACAGGUGUUUAUAUCCACAUCAUAAGCCUGGUUCGUGCCCACCACAUUUCUGCUCAUCAGGAGAGCACCACCUCGCAGCCGUCUCUGUAGCACAGCUGAAGGCGUCCCCGCUCAGGGAGAGGCCCCAUGUCUGUAGAAGCUAAAACUGACAACAUUUGAAGCAUCUCAGAAUUACAACUCUUUCCAAAUUUCAAAUAA